AUGCUAACAGCCUUAGAGCUAAAUCUUUGUACUAAUUGGCACUACUUUCAAGAUGUGAGGCUGAGUAAUUCAGUGUUGCUAACUCUUCUGCUUUUAAUCAAGAGUCUUUCAGUAUUUGGGCUAGUGCUUAAUGUUCCAGCUACUGAAGUCAAGAUAUCAGAUGAGAAUCUAAGCUUUCAUGAAAAGAAACGUGAUCUUCAUGAUUAUGGAGAAAAGCUUGAAACAGUUGAAACCAGAGAAGAUGAAGAACAAAACAUCAAAUUGGCAGAAAUUUUGGAGUUGCUGGUAGCAGCUGGGUAUUUCAGAGCAAGAAUCAAAGGAUUAUCACCCUUUGACAAGGUAGUUGGCGGCAUGACCUGGUGCAUCACUACUUGCAGCUUUGAUAUUGAUGUUGAUUUAUUGUUUCAGGAAAAUUCUACAAUUGGCCAGAAAAUUGCCUUAACAGAGAAAAUUGUGUCUGUCUUGCCAAAAAUGAAGUGCCCUCAUCGUUUGGAGCCGCAUCAGAUCCAGGGAUUGGAUUUCAUUCACAUAUUUCCUGUUAUACAGUGGCUGGUGAAACGUGCAAUAGAAACUAGAGAAGAAAUGGGAGACUAUAUCCGCUCCUAUUCCAUAUCUCAGUUUCAGAAAACUCGUAGUCUGCCAGAGGAUGACGAGUUUAUUCAAAGGAAAGAGAAGGCUAUGAAAACAGUUACUGAUAUCUUUGAAGUUUAUAAACCCCAGAGGAAAUACAAACGUCAGGAUGGUGCAGAAGAGCUUCUAGAUGAAGAGUCUAAGGUUCAUGCCACGCUUUUGGAAUAUGGCAGGAGGUAUGGAUUUAGCAGGCAAGCUGGCAAAAUGGAGAAGGCUGAAGACAAGAAAAUGGUACUACCUACAGGACUUGCAGCAGCAGGAAAAGCUGAUGCCUAUGAUGAAGAUGACCUUCAAGCUGCUGAAGAGCUUCGCAUUAAAACAUUGAUGACUGGAAUGGCUGCAAUGGCAACAGAAGAGGGCAGGUUAACAGCUAGCACAGUAGGUCAGAUUGUUGGACUCCAGUCUGAUGAGAUCAAGCAGAUAGUCUCGGAGUAUGCUGAAAAGCAAUCUGAGCUUUCCUCUGAGGAGCGUCCAGAAAGAGUUGGAACUGCCCAGCAGCACCGAAGGAAGGUAGCAUCUCUAAACAAACAAAUCUUGCAGAAGACCAGACUUUUGGAAGAGUUGCAAGCUAAAUGUGCUGACCUGCAAGCAGGCUGCAGUGAAGCAAAGAAGACAUUAACUGAGGUUAAGAGUUACAGUGAUAAGUUGGACAAGGAGCUGGCAGCAUUAGAAACAGUGGAAUCACAAGCAGAUUCUAGCAUAUUGCAGAACCUCCGAGCACUGGUGGCUAUGAAUGAAAAUCUCAAAAGCCAAGAGCAAGAGUUCAGAGCACACUGUAGGGAAGAGAUGGCACGUCUACAACAAAAUAUUGAGAGUUUGAAAGCUGAAGCAGAGGAAAAUGGGGAAGAGAAGGAACCUAGUAAGAUUAUAGAUCAGCAAUAUAAAACUGAGAAAGAUAAGCUUCAAAAGAUCAGGCUACUGCUGGCUCGAAGAAAUAGAGAGAUAGCUAUUUUACAACGCAAAAUUGAUGAGGUACCCAGCAGAGCGGAGUUAACUCAGUAUCAGAAGAGAUUUAAAGAAAUAUCAAGCAGAGUGUCAGCAACUCACAAAGAAACAAAGCAGUUCUUUACCCUCUAUAACACAUUGGAUGAUAAGAAGGUAUAUUUGGAAAAAGAGGUUAACUUGCUGAACUCAAUUCAUGAUAAUUUCCAACAAGCAAUGGCCUCUUCAGGUGCUCGUGAGCAGUUUCUGCGGCAGAUGGAGCAGAUUGUGGAAGGAAUUAAACAGAAUAGAAUGAAGAUAGAAAAGAAAAAACAAGAAAACAAAAUGAGAAGAGACCAGUUAAAUGACGAAUACCUGGAGCUGCUAGAGAAACAGAGGCUUUACUUUAAAACAGUGAAAGAAUUUAAAGAGGAAUGCAGUAAGAAUGAAAUGCUGCUCUCCAAGCUGAAAGUCAUCUCUUCCUGAAGAACUCCUUUAGGCAGUGAAUUUUGUAAUCAAGUCCAUAAAUUGACUAUUUUCUGUGGUAACAGUAAUAAUGGCAAUGCGUAGCUACAUGUAUAUUGCUAUAUAAGUCUUUAUUUUUCAAUCUGUAUUCCGUUCUACAUUAUUUCUUCUAGUGGCCCUUUAAUAAUGAUCACUUCCAUUACACAGUGAAGAGUUAAUGCAAUUCAGUUAAUUCAGGAAUGUUUAAUUUUAUUUAUUUGUUUUUCACAAUGAGGAAGAUAAGAUUAUUUUGUACUUUGGAUUAAAUACUGCACUAGUUCUAAUUUGAGGAAGAAAUAUAUAUGUAUUGUAAGCUUGUAACAUACUUGAAAAAAUAAAUCCAGACACCAUGAAGAGAGAGUAUAGUAAAAUGUAGCGAUUGAUAAAUGUAGCCACGGGUGAAAUGGUAGGUUUUUCACUUUUUUCACCUGCUAAGGAACCAGAUUUUACUUCAGUUUUACAUUUUAGCCACAGAUGAGAUUUCACGCAAUAAGAAAUAUGAAGCAUGAUGGUUAAGACUUAAGCAAAUGAAAACAUAACAUGUAUCAUUCUCUAGUGUAAGAGUACAAACUUCUGUAUUUUUAUUACAGGAAGUGUAACUGUUGUAUAUACUGCUUUCUUGGAAACUUCAGCAUUAUGUACAGGGGGGUUGCUGAUAAAUAAAUGAUUCCAGACAAAUCACAUUUUAAUCAAUAAGACUUUUGAGUAUAACUGGUUGGGUUGAAAAAUGAAUCUAGCUACACAAAUUUACAUCAACAUUAUUUGGUCCUGAAAAUUUAGAAAACUUGUUGAACCCCCUUGUAAAUUUUAUAUAACCUCUGUAUACCGUAUUUUAUAGUUCAGACAGCUGCUUGUACAAAACAGGAAGUUGUUGGACUAGACUUGCUAAUAUAUAACACAUCCUCUUUUACUAAAGAAAAGAACCCAGUUCUUCAUUAUGUUCAGGAACAUGGAUGACAGUGCUAUUAAAUUACUUUCUAUGGCAGAUUAAUGUGAAAUAAAAAUGUUUGGAACCCAAUGAUCUGCAGCGAUUAUAGUUAAGUAUCUUUUC